AUGAUAUUCCACUGUGAUCUAUGUGGUAUAUUCUGUGCUUUGCUUACUUACAUGGCGAUGUCAUCUUUUGGCUUCUUAUGGGGUGUAUUGCAUGCAGUAACAUUCAACACAUUACUGGUUUUCGCUUUUGCGGCACAUUUUCGAGCCAUGGUCACUGAUCCUGGAAUUGUGCCUAUUAAUGGCAGGGAAUUUGUUAAAAAAUUAUUUCAUGGUGGUAAGAAUCGUUUUGCAAGACUGCUUUCGGAUACUGAAUCGAAUAGUACAGAUACGGAUGGGGAAUUAAUAGAAGAAAAUAAGUUUGUGGCAAAAUUUAAGGGGAAAGGGUGGACACUUUGCACUCGUUGCGAAUCUUAUAGACCACCACGAGCCCAUCACUGCCGCAUUUGUCGACGUCCUUGGGUCAAUAACUGUGUGGGAGAAUACAAUCAAAAAUACUUUCUUCAAUUUCUUUUUUAUGUCGGUUUAUCUUCACUGUACGCUCUGAGUCUGAUUCUGAUUGCUUGGGUCUAUCAUGAUGAAUAUGGUAUUACUGGUUGGAAAGGACCGUAUGGACAAAGUGUACAUCAUGCAAAAAUAUUGCAUACUAUUUUUCUUUCUAUCGAAAGCGCGCUGUUUGGUUUAUUUGUUUUGGCCGUUUCUUGUGAUCAGGUACAAGCAGUUCUUAACGAUGAAACGGCAGUAGAGGCUGUGCAGUGUAGAGGUUUUCGCAAUCGAAUGGAUUUAUCGCGCUCAAAAAUGGAUCUUAUACGAGAAGUUUGUGGAAACGGACCUAUGAUAUUGUGGUUGUUACCAUGCUCAACAUUACCUUCGAGAAUCGAUAUGACUGAAUUCUCGGAACAAUGGCUUGUUUAA